GCCAGCCCCGAUCCCCCAGGACAUUGUGAACUCCCCCAUGUUCAAGGAGAAGCUGGCCCAGUACGUGGAGGUGCUGGACCUGUCGUCGCGUGCCCCGCCUGACAUGUACCAGGUGUACGUGCGAGCCAUGCAGGCGGCUGCGGCAGAGACACGUGAUGCGCAGCUGCAUGGCAUGGCAUGGUCGAAGCGGUGCACGGCGCUGAUCUUCAGACAAGUGGCAAGGGUGGUGGCGCGCCAGCACGUCUCGAUGGCGGAGAGGCUCCUCGUUCGCCACACCUGGCUGGAUGAGCUGAUGGCUGUUGAUGUGAUGAAGGGCAUGGUGAUGCUGAAGGACCACGCGGAGUUCCUCAGACGCUUUGUCCUGGCGCAGCGACGCGUGGCCAGGGCCAGGCGUGCCGAGCUUCAGGCGGAGCCUGAAGCAGAUGAGGAACAGCUACGAGUUUCUGAUCGCCGUCGGCUCCUUGGACAGCGCCGAGCCCUGGAACGUCGUGCUGCUCUCUGGUCGGUUCUCCCGCGGCGGCACCUUGCGGCCGUGGAGGCCCCUGGCGGCAGGCUGCUCACCUCGCCUGCCGAGAUCCACGAGGCGCUGGCGAACCACUGGGGCGAGGUCUUCUGCCCCCCCGCUCGUGCAGCGUGCCUGGCAGCGGAGAACGACGCCUCGGAGCGCUGCCGGCGCGAGCGUGACUCCAAGGCCUUCAUCGCGAAGUACGGCAUGAAGGAGGUUGACUGGAGCUCCCUGGCGCCUCCCUCGGCCAUGAACAUCGAGGAGGCUCUGAGGCGCGCUCGGCCUGCUGCACCUGGGGUCGAUGGCCUGCCCGCGCGGGCGUGGCUGUCGCACUCAGCGGGCUGCGAGGUGCUCCUGGCGGCCCAGAGAUGGAUGGCUUUGGGCCGUCCCCUGCGCAGGGACAUGGGCAUCGCCAUCUUCCCGCCGAAGAAGGUGCUGGACGGCGACGGCGUGAGGGUCAUCAGGAAGCCGAAUGAGACACGUCCAUUCAUGCUGCGCUCCACGGGCCCCAAGGCCAUCGCCUCUGCGGUGAACUUCAAGCUGAAGAGCAUGAUCGACCGUGGCGCCUCGAAGGCGCAGCGAGGCUUCAUCACGGGGCGGAACUUCCUGGAUAACCUGGUGGAGCUCGAUGCCAUGUCCCGCGUCGCCUCCAUGUGCGCGUUGGAGCAAGCUCGAGGCUGGGAGGAGCCGACCCUCCUGAGCUUUGACUUCGCUCACGCCUUCCCGUCGCUCCUCCAUGACUGGAUGUGGUGGGUGUUGGAGGCGUGGACGGUGCCGCUCGGCCUGGAGCAUCUGCUGAAGGAGUCCUACGCCAACGUCGAGGUCGUGGAGGCGGGGCCCUGCCACUGGGCCCUCCUCGUCAUAUUGUGCGGGAUCUUGCAGGGUGACCCGCUCUCGGGGACGAUGUUCGUGAUCGGUGCGCAGCCGUUCGUGGAGGCGCACUUGCAGCAGCUGAAGGCCAAGGCCCUUGGCCUGACUCGCUGGUGUGCUGAUGACAUCCAGGCCCUGAUCUUCUGCAGCCGCCUCGCUGGCCUCCAGCUCCAGCCCAAGAAGUGCGCGGCCGUCCCGCUUUGGGCUCCGUUCUCGGCGGAGGUGGAGGACGCGAUGUGGAAGUGCCUGGGCGAGUGGGCUGCGCCACUCGCGCGCCUGCGUGAACGGGUCCUGGCGCUGGCGGCAUCUUCGCUGGACAUGACGGCCGCCUUCUUCGAGCGUGGCCGUCGAUGCCAGCCCGUCCUGGCCUACAAGGCGCAGCUCUGGCCGAUGCCGACGGAGCUGAUUGACGAUGAGCGCUUCCUGCUGUGCCGGCUUGCGAGGUGCUCGGGAAGCUUGUUCAAGAAGAACACGUUCUUCGACUUAGAGACGCUGGGGGGUCCAAGAUGCGUGCCCACGUCGGACCUCCUGGCGGCGCCCCUCAUGCGCUCGGCCCUCUCGACGCUGGAGACAUGGCGUCGGGCCGCUGCGCGCCUGAGUGAG